UACCCGUACGUACUCUCACUACGUCCGUACAAUCAAAGAUCGAAGAGGACCUUCCAAAUCAAAGUUCGAAAUUUGGUAAAAAAAAUAGAUGGUCCUUGAUACGACAACGAUCGCAAAAGAACAAAGAAGGAAUUUUCUGUUGAGACUGCUGCCCCCGGUACAGAGGUCAAAGAAAUGCAAUAAAGUUGUGAUUCUAAAUAGUAUCACAAUCAAGACAUGUCACCUAAAGUGAAAAAUGAUGACGACAAUGAUGGCACAGCCGAUGACUCGCCUUAUAUAUCAAGAAUCGAGACGUCUUUCCAGCCCAUGGACGUCGCGUUUCAUCCCCAUCGCGACAACUUAGUAGCGGCGGCGUUAGUCGACGGCAGUCUAGAAGGUAGGUCMUCACUAUAAUCUGAUGUGCUUCAUGAGCUUCUACUACGCCAUUCUAACCAACGUGCCGAUCCUAUCAUCAUGGCAGUUCACGAUUUUCGAAAAGACGAAGACAUCGACCCGACAGAUAGUGACGACGAAUACGAAUCGCUCUUGUCGUCCUUGUCUUUACACGCACCCUCAAACUACACCGAGAGAUCACCUUCCAAAAAAACUCCAACUGCUUCCUGCAAAUGUGUUGCUUUUUCCCCCGACGGUAGAAAGCUUUAUACCGGCGGAUCCCCUUACGGCGAUAUGUGCGCCAUCGACGCCGAGCGAGCCUGUUCUUUCUCCUUGAACAGCAAAAACGAGCCUCUUUGGAGGAUACAAUCGGCUACUGCAUCUACAGAUUCUGUGGUCACUAACAAUGACGAAUACAACAUCAACAAGAACAAGAGCAAGARCAAUCCGUUGGUCGCUCUCUACCCAUUUUGUAAAGAUGGUGAGGCAGGCACUCCGUUGCUGGCGACCGGCGAUGACAACGGUGGACUGCGGAUAUGGGACGAACGCCUUUGUGGUGGUAGCAGUGGUGCAAGUUUUUCCAGCAGUCGUCCGAAAGGAUGUGUUCUAGAAUGGAACGAACAGCAAGAUUACAUAAGUGGAAUCGAAUACUACCCUCACAGCAACGGAAAAAACCACGACGGGAACAAUAUUCUCCUUGCUACAUCGGCCGAUGGGUCGUUGGGAGUUUAUGAUUUGCGAAUGAAUAAGGGUACAGUUGCAGAUACGACGCGUACAUCGGACCAUCUCGACGAUGAAUUGCUCUCUUUAUGUGUUUUGAAAUCGGGUAGGAAGAUUGUUUGUGGGACACAAACCGGGGCCCUUUCGAUUUUCAGCUGGGGAACGUGGGGUGACAUCAGUGAUCGCUUUCCAGGACAUCCGUCUUCCGUCGAAACCUUGCUGAAGGUCGAUGAAAACACGAUUUUGACCGGCUCAUCGGAUGGUCUGAUACGGGUCGUACAAAUUCAUCCAGACAAACUCCUCGGGGUCCUGAACGACGACAUCGAGGGGCACGAAGGAUAUCCCGUCGAAAAAAUAGCCUUCAAUUCGAACAGAGACGUCGUUGGUAGCGUCACACAUGAUAACUUUGUUCGAUUGUGGGACGCACGCAUUUUGAAAGACGACGACGAUGAUCAUAGCGACAACGACAGCGGCGGCGAUGACGAUGACGAUGACGAUGUAGAAGAUUCGAAAAAGCCUGCCGGUGUAGCGAAAUCUACAGGGUCUUCUCAAGUUUAUAUGAGUACCAGCACACGUCGUGCCGACGAGAAACACAACAGUGAUGACGAAUGGGAAGACAUGGACGACAACAAAAAGAGCGGUAGUGGCAGCGACGAUGAUAGUGAUGACAGCGACGAUUCCGAACCUGAACAAGAAACUGCAAACGACCGACGAAAGAAACGGUUGAAGACAGAAAACGAGAAAUUCUUUGAUGAUUUGUAAAUUUGGAAUUGUAGCAUCGUUCAAAUACAUCGAACAUCAAAUACUCACACUAUUAAAGACAAUUACCAUGACACACUAGAAUCAAGUGCAUGAGAAUCAAUCAUCAUUCCUCCGCAUUUUACGCUACCGAUAGUAAAACCAACAAAUCAUAUUGUUGUAAUCUGAGGAGUUGAUUCCAUGGCAAACAGACAUAGAUGACACCAAUGAGGAGCACCGGCAGUAGUAGCACAUGUUGUUCAUCAUGAAGGACAAGAAGGGAAAGAACGAACCUAUUGCAAUAGCCAGAGGUCGAGCAACAAGGUUGUCCUGUUGUAUUUAGAGACUUUCUGUAGGAAGGGGAGCACUCUUUCCUUGGAGCCCUGGGAGAAACUGACACAAAAAACUAGAAUCACAGCAACUUCCAUCAAUACUGUUGGUGGUAUUGGUCGUUUGAGUCAACGGUAGAGGACAAAGUGAAUCCUGUUUGAAAUUAUAUGGAUGAAUGAAAUUACUGAUUCAGA